AUGCAAAAGUGCCGGAAUAAAUAUCGAAGCUGCUCAAUAAUUUGGCCACUCUUAUUGUUGAGCCUGCCAUUUUCAUGCUUGGCUAAAUGUCUACGUGGUCGUGCAGAUGAAAGCAAUGAAUAUGUGAUAGCCGAGCCGGGUACGGCGCCCUAUCAGGUGUCCAUAAAUCACACUGAGCAGGGACAUUUGUGCAGCGGUGCCAUCUUUGCCCUACAUUGGGUACUUAGCUCCGCGCAAUGCGUGCACGAGCUCGAUUGGACAAAAGCCCGGAUAGUUGCGGGCAUUCAGGAUCUGUUGGAUGCGCGCCAAGGAGACAUCCAUCACAUCGACUAUGUGGUCAUUCAUGCCCUUUUCGAUCCCAUAACGCGAGUGAACGACAUAAGUUUGAUACGCAGCAGAUCGAAGUUCGAGUACACGGCCCAUGUCCGGCCCAUCACACUUGAUUGGCAGACGCCGCCAAAAGAUGCCAUAUUGCGGCUUACCGGCUGGCAGUGGCUAAAUAUACCAGACGAAAAUAAGACCCAAUUACGUUCCGUUAAAUUGAAAGCAAUGUCAUAUAGAGAAUGUCACAAAAGAUUUGUAAUUACGCCCAAAAAACAUAUAGACGUUGGAUAUCUGUGCGCGCUAAUUAACAAUAUGAGUGGCAAUCGCCUUAAUGAAACUGGCAGUCCAUUGGUCUAUAAUGAUAAGCUGGUUGGCAUAUCCAGCAUAAGUGCCAUCUGCCUUUACCGCUGCAACAUUUGCGAUCCAUUUGUCGCAUCCAAAAUAUCGUACUUCUACGAUUUCAUAAUCGGUAAAACCCGUGGCUGUUCUAAUUGUCCUCAAAUUGCGGGAUAUACUGCUGCAUACUUUCAAACGUAUUUUUAA